UAGAGCUGGGGACUGCAGUGGGGGCGCUACAGCCAGGGAGCCCAGCCCGGCAGCUGGCUAAGAUGGCGGCGGAAGCAGCUGCGGGGCCGCAGCGGGAGCUGGAUAACGGUUCCUUGGAGAUAACGCAGAGCACAGAAGAUGACCCUCUACUCGAUGCACCACUUCUUCCACCUCAUGCAUUACAUUCCCAAUUGAGACCGAGAUUCCAUGCUAUUCCUACAGUCUUGGUUGCCAAUUUUCUGUUGCUUAUACAUGUUGCUUUUGUUGUCUUAGUAUUUUUAGCAGGUAUAUAUUGUUCUUAUGUAAACCCAAAUGAGGAUGAAUGCCCUGGAAACUACACCAACCCACUUAAGGUGCAAAGUGUCAUAAUCAUUGCGAAGGUAAUUCUGUGGAUUCUGCAUGUUGUCUUUGAACGAUAUGUUCAGCAUCAUCACGGUAAAGUCAGAUGCAGAGGAUACCUCCUGAUCUACCGAUCAACAAGACAUCUUAAAAGGCUGCCACUUCUUAUACAGUCUACAGGAAAUGCAGCCUUGCUUCUCAUACUGUCAGCUCAGCAUUCCUUUCCUAACUACAGUAAGAAGUAUCUCUACCUUAUCCUUGGAGUCUUGUGUCUGGAGCUGAUUUGUUCUUUGACAUGCAUAGUCAUUUACACAGUGAAAAUAAGCAAUUUCAACAAGGCAAGGCCAAGGCCUGAUAUAAUUGAAGAAGAAAAGAUGUAUGCUUACCCCAGUCACAUUACCUCAGAGAUUGGAUUCAGGGAAAGUUCAAGUUUGGAAGAAAUAGUUGAAAAGCAAGGAGAUGUGAUAGACUAUCUCCAACGACACAAUGCGCAGCUCAGCAAGAGACUACUAGCACUAACAUCACAGCAAAUCAGAGGUUAGAGAUAUCCAGGAACCUGCUGCUGCAUUUUAAGAGGAAUCCAAAGCAAUGUAAUUUGAUCUGGAGGACAGAUAACUCCACUUGAGACCUGUACUACUUCCAUUAAAGACAGUAAUCAAGUUGGAAGUAUGAAUUCUAUUAGAAGUGUAAAAUCUGCAGCUGGAGAUGCUGUCUAUUUUGAACAAACACUUUCUCUGAGGAUAUUAACUUUUGCUGGGCUGAAGAUGGACCUGAGCUCUCUGACUAAACUUUGUUUUAAUGUUGUUCAAUUGAGAUUUUUUGCACUGCUGUAACAAACUCCAGACUACCAAACUCUUCUGUGCUUCUCAAACUCAAACAUUUGUUUUCCAGAAUGAAACAUUGCAGAGUAUGGCCCCACCUGACUUUCUGGGUUUCUUAUGGUAGAGGCUGAGAUGAACUCAAGUAUUGUAACAUGCUAUAACAACUGUGCUCAUUGAGUUUUUAAAAGCUAUUUAUUUCAAUAUUCCCUAAACACGCUUCUACAGUUGGAGUGGAAGAGUCUAUAGGGCAAACUGAAGAAACUCCGUUUCUGGAUCAGUGUCUUUUGCUGUUUGGGGGUGUGUUUGGGUUUUUUUUUAUUUUUUCUUUGCCCUAAAAAGGGUAACUACACAAAUGUGGAAAUGAAGCAAAGAUGAAGAAUCAGAUGUUUGGUCUAAAACGCAUCUCUCCUUUGUAUGCAGGAAAAGUAGGAUUUCACUUCACUAAGCAUAGUAUGUAAAAACUAGGUUUGCAGACAUUGGAUCAAAUUGAUGGCUGAUCAAGCAUCUGAACAAAAUUUCAGUGUACAAUGUCUAAAACUGAUUUUUAGAGCUGUCCUAAGUAUUUGUGGCUUUUUUGCUGAACUUUUUCCCCAGGAACUAUUCUGCAUUAAAUAUAAAUAUUUGGAGAGAGCUUUUUUGUAAACUACUCUCUAAACUUCAUGUUGACUCUUUAGUUCAAUAUAUGAGAAUUUACAGUAUUUAUUUCCCCCCACCCCCCUUAGGAUGGUGCACUAUUAAGUUAGAUGCUGUAAAAGAUGCUACUAUUGCAGUUGCAAUGAUAGCAGCUUAUACAGUUUGACAACCUUUCUCUAAAGUGUCGUCAUUUUUCGCUCUGAAGCCAAUGGGGUCAUACCAUGAAUGGGAGUUGAAAAUUCUAAUCCAUUACUCAAUGUCUGUCUGUAAACUUCCACCUCUAUGUAUUUACAGUGAAUUCUCUAGAGAAGCUAGUCUUUAAGCCUGAACACUUGCCUACUCAGAUGGAAGUGGAGUAUACCCAGACCACUUCUUGAAACUUAUGUUAAAAGCCAGAGAACCAUUCUCUUCUGAGUUUCUGCCACCUUGUUUUCCAUACCUUACCCUACCCAUUGUGUAUCCUACUCAGUAUUUCAUGGAGAGACAGGCUAGCCUCUGAGCAAAGUAGGAAGAAUCUCAGUAUAAUGCUGGGAGUGGUGGUCAUCUCAGAACACCAAAGGAAAAUUACCCCAUCUUGUCUUGGUUCUGGGACACAACUUAGUGUCCAAUUCUAUUGUAAUCAUUCAGAGUAAUUAAUAACAUGAUACUUGUAGUUGAGGGACAAUAGGAAAAUUGGAGACCUGCUGCUAUCCAACAUUGUUCUUUUCUCCCUAGCUGUAUUUUUUCAAAAUAUAGCUGAUUUUUAUACUGAAUGUUUGAGGGAUAUAUGAAUAUCUUUGUUUUUAGAACACUCAGGUUUUGAUGUAACUGCAUAUAACUGUUUGUACAUAUAUCUGUCUGAAAAGCUGAGAAUGUGACUGAAGUUCAUGCACAAUAAAUGCAAUUGAGGAAAA